AUGGCACCUACAAAACUUAAAAUAAAAGGUAACAAAUCCUUUUCACUUUUGGGCUCGCUUGACACUGAAGAAGAUUUAUCAAAAACGUGGCGUUUAAUGACAAAGGUGAAGGAGGCUUUAGAAUAUGGAAUGAGAUUAGAAAACUUAUCGUGGCGUCUUUGGUUCAUGCACCAUUUGAUGGUUCAUGAUCAAAAAACUAAAACUAAAUUCAGAAGAUUAUCAACCGUUACUACAAAAAAAUUGGAGACUGAAAAAGCUGCUAACCUUAAAGAUUUAGCUCCAAAUUUUGGUUUUUCCACAAGCUAUGUUAAUAAUCAUAAUGGUAAUAUGGAGGUUGAUUAUCAAGAUAAUUUAAUUGAUCAACAUAAUCUAAGUGAUCAUAACAUUGAUUCUCCUGUUGAUAAUACUGAUAUGUUUAUGGGUGCAAUUACAGAUAAUGACAUGAGUCUUAUUGAUGCAAAUAAUAUGAUUUAUUACACGCUACACCAAUACACCAAUGACCAAAGUCGAUACCAAGUGAUUACAUUACCAAACGAUUACAUUCAACCGUACACAGCAAGUGCACUAAUAGAUUCAGAUAAAGGUCCUACAAUGGAAAUCGAUAUUUCGAGUAUGUUUGAAACUGGUGGUGCUACUGAUCAACUAUCCCAAAAUUCAACAGUCUAUGUUAGCAGCAAUGAUACUCAAACAGCAAAUCUUCCUCCACUUAACACAAAUAUAAUAAAUUCUGCAUUAAGUAGUAAUAGUAACAAUAACCAUCAUCUCAAUACCCCACUAAAUACUCCUGUUAAUGGAUUGCCUACUAGCAAUAUUUUAAAUGGUGUCAAUAAUAUUUUAAGUGACGUACGUAAAGAUGCUCGGGAUGAUGAAGCAUCACAACCAAGAUGUUCAAAUUGUGGUACCAUGACAACACCACUAUGGCGUCGGGAUGAAGAAGGUCAAACAUUGUGUAAUGCUUGUGGUUUAUAUUUCAAAUUACAUCAUGAGAGAAGACCGUUAUCGAUGAAAACGGACGUAAUAAAGAAACGUCAAAGAUACGAAAAUGGUCAAACUCCUAAUCGUCGAGCUGUAAAUCAAGAUUCAAAGCCACUAACAAUAUUUCCCAAAGCUAAUUUAAAAAAUACUAAUUCUCCUUCUUACAACUCGAACAAUUCCAAUACUUCCGCUAAUUCUACCUCUAUAAAUAUGGCAACGUCAUCUAACUCUACCACUUCUAGCAGCAGCAGCAACACCACGAUUAAUAAUAAUGUUACUAAUAACAUUGUUCAAUCACUUUCAGUAUAG